UGUAAAAGAUCGGCUAUAUUAAUGAUAUCAAAUGUUAACAUCAAUGUUGGGUUGGCUAACGGUGCUAAAAAGGCUAACGAGAGUGAGAAUUCCUCUGGCGCUUUGAAAAUCUCAGAGAAAAAUGUGUCCCUCCAAGACUGUUAUAUCAUGAAGAAGACACGCCUUAUCAGAGUUAAAACUCCUGAGGAAGUAAAGUUUCUGGAAUCUCAGUUUGCCAAAGACCCUGAAUGGACCAGAAAAACAGUUCAAUACUGUAAGGAGGUCCUGAACCUUGGGACCACCCAGAUUUACAAAUGGGGCUUUGACAAGAAGCUCAGCUUGGAGAGGCGAAUGAAAAAAUUGCUGAAGAAAAAUAAUAAGAAUAAACCUAGGAGAAGAAAAGGAGUGAAGAGAUCUCGGAAAUCUUGUAACUCCAAAAAUCCUCUCAGAACUAAACAGAGGAAGAUUGAGGAGGCAGACGGCCUCGAGGACCCUUGCCUUCCAAAAUUGGCAGUCAGCCGGAUUGAUUAUAAUCUGGAAGUUGCUAGGCUAAUUUCUGAUAUAACAAUCUAUGAGAAUUCUGAUAAAAUUUGAAGGCCCGGUAUAUCAGAUAAAAUUGUCAAAAAGAAAGAACAGAGUAACUCUUUGGCAACCAAUACCACUAUGGGAUGUGAGAAGACACAGGUGACCACCCAAGCAUCACAUAAGGCAAGCUCUAAUGGUGGGGCAUCUAAUCUACCAGACUCAUGGCUUGAUAAGAUCUGGGAUGAAUCGUUUGAUGCAGAUCAGUAUCUAAGCUCAACUUCAGAUAUAUUUCAAGAGACACCAUUCCUGAUGGAAUCUGAUUUCGUAAAAAAAUCACCUCAGCUUAUGAAAACGGCUUCUAUUCCCAAGGCCUUAAUCGAUGAGAACGAUUGAUGCUUCAAAGAUAUGUUUAGGUUGUCCUAAAUUAUAUCAGUUAGAGGUCUCGGAUGCAUGUCUAGACCAUAAAUUCUGUGUUAACUAACUAAUUAAUCUAAAUUGUAAUUAAUUCAAAUCAUUU